CAAUUUAAUUUGUCAAAACUCAGGUCCGAAAUCCAAAUAAUAAUUAAUAAUAUGCACUCAGUAUUUUAUUUUGCAAAACUAAACUUCAUUUCCUAUAAAACAUAAAUAUUAUGCCUUAUAAUCGCGCUACCUCGUUGUUGCGACGGUUAUCUUUAAAUGAUAGUAAGCUGAAGAAUUUUGGUACUACGCAGAAUAAUAAAGAAAUAUUUUUACCAAAUCACAUCUGUAAUCAAAGGGAUUUCUGCUGGACCAUAAGGAUAUCAACAUUGUUCAAUAAUAAUUUAAAUCCACCAAACAAUUUAAGAGGACUUUGUGAUAAUAUAAUUAAAAUGUCAGCUCCAACCACAGAACAAACCCUUCCAGAUAAGCCAAAAUUUACAAAUAAACUAGGAAAUGAAAAAUCUCCAUACUUAUUACAGCAUGCUAAUAACCCUGUAAAUUGGUAUCCUUGGUGCCAAGAAGCUCUUGAUAAAGCAAAACAACAAAAUAAGCUUAUUUUUCUUUCUGUUGGCUAUUCUACAUGUCAUUGGUGCCAUGUAAUGGAAAAAGAAUCGUUUGAAAAUGAAGAUAUUGCUAAAAUAAUGAAUGACAAUUUCAUAAAUAUUAAGCUUGAUCGUGAAGAAAGGCCAGAUCUUGAUCGUCUUUACAUGCUUUUUGUUAUGGCCACAACAGGCUCAGGGGGUUGGCCUAUGAGUGUUUUUUUGACACCAGAACUUAAACCAAUAAAAGGUGGCACUUAUUAUCCACCUGAAGAUCGCUUUGGUUAUCCGGGCUUUAAAACACUCUUACGUAUAAUGGCAGAUAAAUGGAGGCAAAACAGUAAAACGUUAAUGGACAUGGGUGACAGUGUAAUAGAACACAUAAAGAAUGCAACAAAAUUAGAUAUUAAUACUUCCCUACCUGGUGAAGUAACAUGGUUAAGGUGUGUAGAGAAGUACAUGUCUAUGUAUGAGCCAGAAUUUGGUGGAUUUGGCACAGCACCAAAAUUUCCCCAUGUACCAGCGUUCAACUUUCUCUUUCAUUACUAUGCUAGAGACAAAUAUGACCCAAAAGCUAAAGAGUGCUUAAAUAUGUGCCUUCACACUUUAACUAAAAUGGCUAAAGGUGGUAUUCAUGAUCAUAUUUCUAGUGGAUUUGCAAGAUAUUCUACUGAUAACCACUGGCAAGUGCCUCAUUUUGAGAAAAUGUUGUAUGAUCAAGCUCAGUUAGCUGUUGCAUAUACUGAUGCCUAUCUUGCUACAAAAGAUGAGUUCUUUGCAGAUGUUAUUCGUGAUAUCAUAAAAUAUGUCAACACUGAUCUAAGGCAUGAGCAUGGUGGUUAUUACAGUGCUGAAGAUGCAGACUCGUACCCAUCCUUUGGUGCACAACAUAAACAAGAAGGAGCUUUCUAUGUCUGGGACUAUGAUGAACUGAAAAAUCUACUCUCAGACAAAUUAAUUGCAGAUUAUUCAUAUUUGGACAUAUUUUGUCAUUACUACAAUGUGGAAGAGGAUGGAAAUGUUUCUCCAGGUGUAGGGAACAAAGGAGAGUUUGAUAAUAAAAAUGUUCUAAUUGUGUAUGGAGGUGAGGAAGACACAAUGGAAAAAUUUGGCUUAACAAAAGUGCAAUUCAGGAAGGUUAUAUCAACUUGUCGAGAAAUUCUCUUUGAAGUCCAACAGAAAAGACCAAGGCCUCAUUUGGAUAGUAAAUUGUUAUGUUCUUGGAAUGGCUUAAUGAUAUCUGGGUUGGCAAGAGCUGGUCAGGGCUUAGAGGAUAAGAAUUAUGUGGAUGAUGCUAUAAAAACUGCAAAUUUUAUUAAACAGAACUUUUAUUGCACAGACAGCAAAAGUCUAUUACAUUCUUGUUAUAAGGAAGAAGAUGGAAGCAUCACUUGUGGAGAAGUGCCAAUAAAAGGAUUUUUGGACGAUUAUGCAUUCCUUAUCCGCGGUUUGCUUGAUUUAUAUGAAGCAUCUCUCGAUAUGGAAUGGCUAAAGUGGGCAAGGGAUUUGCAGCAGAAACAAAACGAUUUAUUCUGGGACUCUGAUGUUGGUGGAUACUACACAUGCUCCGAUGAAGAUGAUAGUGUUAUAAUAAGAUUAAAAGAAGAUCAGGAUAGUGCGGAGCCCGCAGGUAACAGUGUCGCCUGUCACAAUUUGUUGCGGCUUGCGGUAUACGCGGACAGGAGCCCGGCGCCUGAGGGCGGCCAAAAGGAACGCGAUAUGGCAAAGAAAUUGCUUUUGGCUUUUUCACAACGACUGAGUGAUACCCCUAACGCCCUGCCUGAGAUGGUAUCGGCGUUGAUGCUGUAUAAUGAUUCUCCAACUCAGGUGUUGAUAUCCGGUCCACGUUCAGACCCCCGUACGUUGGAGUUAGUGCGUGUCGUGCGUUCGCGUUUGUUGCCGGGCCGCGUGCUCGCUCUCACCGAUCCUAAUGAAGCACCAGCAGUGUUGAGUCGCAGUCGCAACGUGGACGUGCCUCGUGCGUACGUAUGCCGACGUUACGCGUGCUCGUUGCCUGUCACUGACGUCAAACAACUCGAGACCUUACUUGACGAACCUGCGAUGCUACAAUAAUCCCUUUAUUUUACGGCUUUCUUCAUAUGUAAUCAUUGAAAGUGACUGCUCAAUAUUAGUCUUUUUAAAUAUGAGAUGCCACAGAUUAAAAAAAUUAUGGACUGGAAUUUGAAACUAUUUAAGUUCAAAGAACAAAAAUUUAUAAUGUUUAUUUUUUUAUAACAAUGAAACUAAUUAUUAUUACAAUGAGUCAAAUAAAGUAAUUUUUAUUUUUUUGUAAUUAAAAAUUGUGUGGGCCGCUACUAGCUUUAUAAGAAUUUUUGGGUAGUUGUAUGAAGAGUUUUAAUACUAUUUUUAAAUAAUUUAUAUAAUACUACAACGCGAUAGAUGUUUUGGACACUCCUCUUAAAUAUAAAAAAAUCAUUUGUUAAUCUAAACCAUUCUCGUAUGGAUACAAAAAAAUGUCAUCAGUAUCGGCCCAGUUAAGAGUUUAAUUACACAAGCCGAGAAGAUUUAUAUAUGUAAAGAUAUAUUUUUUUAAAUCUGCUGUCUAAUGAAAAAUCGUAAAAAGUUUGACUAGUUUUAGACAUCUAAAUUUUAGUGUGUUAGUAACUCUAGCUUGUUAAUUCUUAACUAAAUGUUUUAUUAAUUAGCUAUAUAUAUAAGAAAAUCCUAGUCUAUGCUGCUGAUAAUUGUACUUUACUGUCGCUUCAAGUUAUUAACGAAUAUUACGAAUAAUCUCAAUAGUCAAUUAUAGUAUUAAUGUUCUUUAAUUUAUUUGUUAUUAACCAUGAUGAUGUACUGCGAGAGAUAAAUAUUGUAUAAUAAAGCGGGUAUUACAUAAAACCAGAACAUUUUAUUUUCUGAUGAAAAUAAUUAGUGAUUAGUGUCAUAAAAAAUGUUAUCGCUACGGAAGUCUGGAAUAGAGAUUAUAGUAUAGGAAGUUUUGCAAUAUUCGUUCUAUAAUGUUUUUUAACAUUUGAAUGCUAAUUGGUGCUUAUGUUAAUGUAAAUUUUAAUAAUAAGAUCUGUUUAUUAAUUUUCCUGUUUUACCAGUGAAAUGAUGGCCACCAAGUGGAAACGAUAGGUCUGAAUUUGUGAUAGAAUAUAGUAAAUUAUUAUGUAUUGUUAUUUUUUAUUAAAAUUAAUAAAGUUACUACCAUGAA